GGGACUAUGGAGAAGUGCAGUCCAUCUAUGUUGAUACAGAUCUAAAAAACUGGACUAACAGAGUGUCUGCUUACGUUUCUCUUCGCAUGGACUAAUUUUGGUUUUAUACGGAGCAAAAGUUUUUCAGCGUGGGGGAAAAUUGUUAAAAGGCCCUUCAACUCCACUGGCUCGGGGGGAAAAAAAAAAUUGGCGACCUGGCUCCAACAUUUGGGGCUCCCUCUGCUACUGCACAAAGUGAAGGUUGAUAUGCCACAUCAGUGAUGGAGCCCAUGACGGUGACGACGUCGGUGGUCGGACCGGAGGAGUUCGACCGCAACGCCCCGCGGAUCUGCGGCGUGUGCGGCGACAAGGCCACUGGCUUCCACUUCAACGCCAUGACGUGCGAGGGCUGCAAGGGGUUCUUCAGGCGCAGUAUGAAGCGUAAAGCCUCCUUCACCUGUCCGUUCAACGGAAGCUGCACCAUCACAAAGGACAACCGGCGUCACUGCCAGGCCUGUCGUCUCAAACGCUGCAUUGACAUCGGCAUGAUGAAAGAGUUCAUCCUGACAGACGAGGAGGUUCAGAGGAAGAAGGACAUGAUAAUGAAGAGGAAAGAGGAGGAGGCAGCCCGGGAGGCCAUGAGGCCACGUCUGAACGACGAGCAGGCCAGGAUCAUCUCCUCCCUGGUGGAAGCUCACCACAAGACCUAUGAUGCCUCCUAUUCUGACUUCUCCCGCUUCAGGCCUCCAGUACGUGAAGGCCCAGUAACACGCAGCGCCAGCAGAGCCGCCUCCCUUCACUCUCUGUCUGAUGCCUCCUCUGACUCAUUCAACCACUCACCUGAGUCGGUGGAGACCAAAAUGAACUUCAGCAGCCUGUUGAUGAUGUACCAAGACGGCGCUAGCAGUCCAGACUCCAGUGAGGAGGACACAAAGCUUUCCAUGCUGCCCCACCUGGCUGACCUUGUCUCCUACAGCAUCCAGAAAGUCAUAGGCUUUGCCAAGAUGAUCCCAGGCUUUAGAGAGCUGACAGCAGAAGACCAGAUCGCUCUGUUGAAGUCGAGUGCCAUUGAGAUCAUCAUGCUGCGUUCAAACCAGUCGUUCAGUCUGGAGGACAUGUCCUGGAGCUGCGGAGGACCCGACUUUAAAUACUGCAUCAAUGAUGUUACAAAGGCGGGUCACACUCUGGAGCUGCUGGAGCCGCUGGUGAAGUUCCAGGUUGGACUGAAGAAACUCAACCUGCACGAGGAGGAACACGUGCUGCUCAUGGCCAUCUGCCUGCUCUCCCCAGAUCGUCCCGGUGUCCAGGACCACAGGCGCAUCGAGCAGCUCCAGGACCAUAUGUCAGAGACACUGCAGGCCUACAUCCGGGUCAACCACCCAGGCGGACGCCUCCUCUACGCCAAGAUGAUCCAGAAGCUGGCCGACCUGCGCAGUCUGAACGAGGAGCACUCCAAGCAGUACCGCUCGCUCUCCUUCCAGCCUGAGCACAGCAUGCAGCUCACCCCGCUCGUGCUGGAGGUGUUUGGCAGUGAGGUGUCAUAGCAGAGGAGGAAGGGGACACACUCGCAUACAUAGACACACUCAUCACACCAAGGAUGACUAACCAACCCUUACCGCCUUUUCCCCAAGAAAACCCCAGCCCUGAUAUACCUGGACACGUGGGAGAAAGAUGGAUAAUAAGAUAGGUAGACAGUAACCAUCAUCAUCUGCCCAUUCUCCUCCUCCUCCGGACCUCAAGCAGCAAAACUCAGAUGCCUGGACCUCUGGAUUUAUCGAUUUAAGAUACCUGAACAUGCUGUGGAUUUCUGCAGCACCUGGAUAACCAGAUUAUAUUUUGACAUCUGGAUUCUCAAACCCCGUACAGCAUUAAAUAUCAUUACAUCAGGCAGAUGUCCUGACUCAUAGACAUAUGGAAAAGACAGACAUCCCGAUUCUCUCCACAUCCACAAACUCAAAAAAAAACAGCCUUUUCUCAUCACCACCUUUUCCCCCAGACAUCACUGACUGUCGCAUCCCUUUUUACUAUCAUCCUCAUAACAUUGUUCCAUGUUCACAUCAGCGCAGUGAUGGAACAGGAAUAGAUACACAGAUUUACAUCCUAUUAACCAUGCCAGCACUUGUGAGGUACAGAUAAAUCGCUAGCAAUGUUACUACACUAGUGUUAGAUAGCUAUGAACUAUUGUUGAGUUACAGUUUGUUGACAGCAAAGGUAUCCAAAUAUAUUAAACAUCAGCAUGGUCAGCCAUAGGCAAGCUUAAUGUAAUGUACUGGAUAUACUUAGUUUACUAGUUUAAUACUUGGUUAAGAUGGAGUCUGGCAGGUGCAUUUUCCUGCUUAGCCCUGUUUAUCUGUGUAUGUGCAAAGUGAGGUCUCAGCUGAAGUGAAGACAGGAAGCUUAAAUAGGAAUGUUUCAGUAUGGGAACGGUGGGAAGAAAUGUGAGAUGUGGAGGAAUGAGUAAAGGAGGUUGGAUAGAUGGAGGGAGAUGCUACAGUUGGAAUUCCCUGUUCACAAGACAAAAGGGAAUUUCACAAAACAAGAAUGUAUGUAUAAUGCUAUAUAAAUAUAAAUGAUACGUAUAAGCUGAUAUAUAUAAAUAUAUAUAUUUAAGGGAGUGAAACAUGGUUGCUUCCAUGGAAGCAAAUGGUUCUGAGUGUUGUUUAAUGUAGAGGAUUUGAAGGCGCCUCCUCAGUUGUGUGUGUGUAUGUGUCAUCUUUCAAAAAUGACAAAUGUACACACACACACACACACAUAAGAAAGCACUGAGAAGUGUGUGAGGAGUCCUUCUAUUUUUUUGAUGUGUGUACAGAAUACGAGAAUACUGAUGGACCACAAGGGGGUGUGUGUACAGGCUGUAGCUUGGGGGUUCAGUGCUGGGAAGCACUUCUCCGUUGGAUGUCGUCGUUUUUGGACCUGUGAAGUUUGUAGACUGACAUACGCAAACAAAACGUCAUGUUUCAUGGAUAGUUAUCCAAAAACAAUUUUUCGGCUGGUUAGAUUGCUGCUAAGACAGUUAGAGCUAGAUAGUUGGACAGAAACCGACUACCGGCUGUUGCCUCAGGGAAAAGUUUGUCUGAUGAUAUUGUGUACCUGGUGUUUAUGGUGUGUGUGGCGUAAGCUUACAAUCAUAAGACAGAGAUUGUUUUUGAAGCUCUAGGCAUCACUGUGAUUUCUAAUCAUACUAAAUAACAGCGUAAGUAAGCUAAAAGUGAAACUUUUUCAAAUACUACAAGAUUUUUUUCAUUCCUUAGCUUAUCUGUUCAAUUAAAUACUCCUCUCAUGGUAUGGUUUGCAUGAUUGUACAAUCCAUUGGAGAUCAGUGUUAAAGUUGACAUACCAAUUGAAUGGCGACAUUUUAAAAUACAGAGUCAUCUGUGUUAAAACAUCAAGCGAUUAAUAUCAGGUUUAACUUUAGUUUGGCUUGUUUUUUCAGGGCAAAGUGAAUAUUCUACAGAGGGUAGCAAUGUACAGUAGUUAAACAAGAUAAAGAUUUUUUGGAAUAAUAUCCCUAAGAUGCUCUUGACAGCAGAGCAGACCUAUAAAACAUGAGAAAGAACCUUUUUUUUAUAUUAAAUAUAAAAUCAAGCCUCAUACCUUUUUGUCACAUUUAUAUCAUUUCAACACCAGCCACAUAAGCGAGGUUUAGGAUUUUACUUUAGGACAUCACUACAUAUCAUAUCACGUUUGUGUCGACACACAGUGCAUGCUCACCCCUCAUGCAGGCCUGGAUCACCCCCUUGUGGACAAACUUUGUAAAUACCACUUGCUAAGUCUGUACAUAGUUAGACAUUAAUGUAGGCAAAAUAGUAAGAGAAUUCAAUUGUUGAUGGCAAGAUGCUCUGGAGAUACAGCACUAUAUGCAAUUAGGAGAUGGAUUCUUGUGUUGUAUUCAACUAGAAUGGACAGAGGGGGCAGUCUUGGCAGAGUUACAGAGUUGUUUCAGGUUGCAGUGAAGAAGGCUGCCGGAUUUGGGUUUAACCAGCAUGGCCAAUAAUUCAGCAAAAUCAAAAGUUAUCAAUUUCAUAACAACAAAAUAGGACAGACCAACACACCUGGAAGAACAUUCGGAAAGAACGUUCUUAUUAUCCUAUCAAACUGGCCAAUAAAGUCCCCAACAAAAGGGCCAGUAAUAGUCCAGCCCUGCUUUGGAUGACGCUCUUAUUAGUGUAAUGAUGGGACUCGGAAAUCUGGUGUGUUUUUAUAAUUGCAAAGGCGUCUUGUGACUGAACAUUCCCAGUGGUGGUCAUGUUGAGCAUUCCAACCGGCCGAGUCUCGUGCACCAUCAACACUUAAACCGUGAGUGUGAGCAUGGUUAAAUCUCCAACAGCCUUCUAAAGGCACCCAGCAACUCAGUACCAGCAGGAAGUGUCCUCUCUGUCCAUUCCAAGCUUAUGGAUGUACAUCUUUUCUCUAUCUCUCUCUUUCUAAAGUCUAUCGAUAAGCUUUUGACAAUUAUACAGUAUAUCCAUAAUGUUUUCAUUUUGGUGAAAAUUUUCUUUUUUUUUUUUGUUCUUUUCAAGAUUGUCAAUUUUAAUGCGUGUCAGUUUGCUGUCUAGCUAGCGCUUUAGCUUGCUGCGCUGGGACGUUGUUUUAAUGAAGCAGAGAUGAGUGUGAGUGGACUCCUGGAGCCUUUACCAAGUGCAAAUGAACCAGCUCACCUUCCCUUGUUCCCUUCAUUUCAAGGGAGUGAAUACAGAACAGCCCCGUUCAACCAGUGACGUGGCUUCACUCUCUUGUUUGGGCAAGGAGGGGGGGGGGGGGGACACUGGCCCCGUUCUCCUUACUUUUUCUAAUGGAAUGAAGAACGACUUGUCAUUGCAGCCGUCUUACACCUGGAGCUGUGACCUGAGGGAAAGGAACUCGGUGGAGCUAAAUCUUUUCUUUGUUAAUGGAAAGGCAGUCCGCAGCUCUAUAUUUAAAAAAUAGAUAAAUAAAUAGAAAAAGGAGAAAAAAAAGCUACAUCUACUUUUCCAGACGUACGAUGUCAAACACAAUCAAGUGAUCAUGAACUAACACUGCCUCAACUGACUGACACAGGAUUUAGCCAAUGGCAAGGAGUCGCAGCGACAGCAUGGGCGUGCCUCUUCAUUCAUCACCCAUCAUCCAACCAUCUAACCGCCUCUUCUUCUGCCAGUUACAGCAGGAUUACUCUUCAUAGCUUUAACUCAGCAGCCAGUCAAGGCUCUGCUUUCGGGAAAAAAAAAACAAAAAACUGGUGCACCAAGGGCUGAUGGGAGUCGGGAGAUUUGGUGGAACAGCUAAUGUGGAAUUGGGACGUGUCACUUAACUGUGAAACAGACAAUGCAGAAAUGGCUCCUUUGUCCUGUUUGACGCAGACAACGUUCGGAUUGGACCUCCAGAAGACUGUGUAGAAUCUGUAUAGAAGAUCUUAGGAGAUAAAGUAUUUUUUAAAAUGAGAUAUGUAGUGAUGUGCUGUACAGCCAGAGUGUGCAGUGACUGACGAGAUGUCGCCUCCUAAACCCAAAGUGUGACAUUACCUUUCUCACUACUCUGUGUGUGUCGCGUCGCAGCUCUUGAUAUUCAGAUUUUUAAAAGAUUGUUUGUUUAAGAAUAGUGAAAUGAAAACAUACAAAAAGUGGACUUUUUACAUUUAACACCAACAUCUACAUCAUUCGUUUCUUAAUGGUCAGGGAGGGGGAUGGGGGUGAGGGUCUGCUCAGCUUUAAGGGUUCCGAGAGCGAAACGUGGAUAAUUGGAUGCUUUUCGGGUCAUACAUAGAGAACAUCAUGCAAGACAGACCUUGAUCAGGAUCUGCACGCCGUUCGUUGGCAUGAGCAUGAUGCGAGAGGUCGUCGGCGCUCAAACGAACCCAAACAAGGCAGCAGCCUCUCCCCUCUCACCCGUUCGUCCCCUCAACCCAGGUCAGCAGCUCCACCUCAGUAGCCUUACGUACAGAAACCUCACUCAGCUGGAAAACAUUUAACAGAUACCUCAGUGAUUUACAGGAUGACCUUUCACAAUAGCCUUUAAGGGAACCAGACAUAAACUCACACAGACACACACUCACACAGACAACGCCACAACUCUCUCCUCAGCAACCUUUGCAGUGUUUUUACGUUUUUAGACGUACAGUAAACUAGUUGCCAGUUGUAUAAAGAAGAAGGUUGUCCAGUAGAAUCCUCUUUGCCAGUAGACCAGUCAAUAUGAGCGGAUCCCAAUGUUUCUAAAUGUUAACUGUCAACUCUGUUUUUCCUGCUUUACUCACUUGAUCCUCAUCUCUGCCUCAUUCUGUAUUUUCUGUCUUUGUUGUCUCUACAAAAAGAUGACGUGCCGCUAAGCUUUGGCGCUGCGUUUAACCAAACAUACUACCUCUCCCUUCCGCACAUAUAUAUAAAUAUAUAUAUAUAUUUUUUUUUUUUUGUUGUUGUUGUUGUUGCAGCAUGAUUGUGUUUAUGAUGAAGCAUCCAUUCUUAUUUUAACACUAAUGUAGAAGGUUUUUUUUUUGUGUAUAUGUGUACAGUAUAUUCCUCUUUAGCUCGUUUCUCUUUUCAAAUGCUGGAUGAUUUUUACCUCAAAUCUCAAUAUAAGCCUACAAAUCUUAAAGUCCGUAAAUCUGAGGCCUCUUUAGUGUGUAAAUGCAUGUUACAAUUAUUGUAACAAACACGCAUUUAGGUAAGGCUACAUUCACAUAGCAGCUGAAAGUGCCCAUAUUCUUUUCACCAUUUCAUAUGUGACACAGAUCUAAUAUGUUAAAUUUCCCUCGGGACAACUUGGAUCUGUGGAGUUUUAGCAUGGCUGAGUUAGCUUUACCAUGCAGGACAGUUGGAAACAACAGAAAGAAAGAGCCAGGCUAGCUGUUUUCCCCUGAUUCAAGUCUUUAUGCUAAGCUAAGCUAACCGCCUCCUGGCUGUAGCUUCAUAAUCAGCAUACAGAUAUGAGAGUGGUAUCUUCUUUUCUUCGGGAAUUCUCAGCAAGAAAGCAUAUUUUCCAAAAUCUGACCUUUUCUUUCUAUUAGCAAAGCCAUAAAAAAAACACUGACUGCUGGUGUUAUUAAGCUGGCUAAUGUAGAGAAUCCUAGAAUACAAAUCUCAGAUAUGAUGGGCAGUUUGAGCCUGACAGCCUGCUGUGUGAAUGUAGCAUAAAACCACGGAGGCGAUGAGGGGAUGUGCUCAUCAGUGCACUUUUCAGAGACUCGGCUCCUGCUUGAAUUAAGCAAAGCCUUGGAAAUACUCUGAUGCUACUAAACUACCAGGUGUUUACCUGAUUUUGGCCAGAAGACUUGUUGUGUUUGUCCGAUGGGACUCCACAGGGCUGCCAGUUGUUCUCGAUCAGGCUUGUGCGAAAGGCUUUCAGCUCCACACAGCUAAUCAAAGACAAGGGAUGGAGGUCUCGGGAAUCGAUUCAUACCGCCUCAGAUAAAAGGGAGAGCGGGAGUUAGACAACCGCUCUGUCCUAAAAUGUAAAAAGUAGUGGCCUGAACCUAACACCCAACGCAUUGGUGUCCCUCCAUCUGCUUCGCUUUGGUAUUGCAGGUUUCCUCUGUGUUUGUCUCUAGCUGUAGCUUUCCUCAAACGUCUGAUAAGGGUUUGAUACAUUGGGAUCCCUUUUUAGAUCUAGAUACUCUAGAUACAAACAGUGUGCGUGUUUGUUGGGGUUUUUUUUUUUUUUCUACUCUGCAGCCAGCCAGGCCUCACACACCCGCUCCAGCCCGAUCUCAGCACUCUGCCUUCUUCUAACUGUUUUAACGCUAUUUUACUGCUUUCUCUGGUUAUCUGCUGCUUUCACAUCUGCUUUUUAGAAAAUAAGGCCUUCAAAAAGAUAUGCUGUGAAUGACACACCAAGCCUUUAGUAAUCACUCUUGUAUUAUAUCGACUAAUGAAUCACGACUCGGCUCACAGCAUGUGGAAGUUAACGCUCUCCUAGGUUUCCUUUCUUACUACCAGCUGCUGUUGAUGGAAAGCUUUGGGCAGAUAUGGAAAUUCUGAGAUUGACUGCAAUCGGUUUAUUGCAUCAACACGAUAUCUGUUUCAUAGCCUUUUGGGAAAAGGAUGAAAUGUUUCACUUGGAAAGGGUGACACCCAAUUUGUCUACUGACUGAUAGCAAAAAAAAGCCAUUUGAAACGUAUUAGGAAGCUUCUUUGUUGAUUAAAUGUUUACACUUAAAUUAUCUGCAUCCUGAAAAAUGAAAUGAAAAUCAACGGACUGGAUAUUGAACUUUAGCUGUUUUUCGACUCUUGAAUAGAUCUCUGUUCGGAGUGGUCUCGGUUAAGGUCUGUGGCUCGCAAUGAAAUAUAAUCGCCGAGGAGAGAGUCGUCUUUUCUACUGUCGUAACAGACAGAUGGUUGUCAAUCGAGACGGAUUGUCAUCUGUUGCUCUGAUUGCAUUUCUCUGCUACCUCUUUAAAUAUGCGCUUCCUCACACACAUGCGCUUAAACAACGGCACUCAAACAUACACUCAUACUGACUGAAAAAGACAAGACACUGAACACAGCAAACACACACACACACACACACACACACACACACACACAACGCACACUAGUGUGCACUUGUUUCUCCCUCACCAGCAGUUUUUGCCAAUGAUGCACUUGUGUAUUUGUCUCUUAAUUCUCAGCAAAACGUGUGACGUCUGAAAAUGAUUUGUUGUCAUCAUCUUUGUUUUUCUUCUUUUUAAAAAAAAAAAGAGUCUAAUCUCGAUAGUGAACGUCUGGGCUAGCCAGGUGCUUAGAAAUAAAUUGAAUAUUAAUUAAUCCAGUACAUACAGAAAGUUUCAUGUCUUUUAAAAGAAAAAAAACAAAUGCACAUAUUGCUCAGCUCAGUUGUACCUUGGUGUGCCUAGAACCCACAGCCUUAUUUUGGGACAAUAUCAGGGGUUUUAAACCAGAAUACAGGAGGACCUGUCUUCGUAUUGCUGAUAAGACAGUUUCAUUUAGUUUCAGUAGCUGUUUUUUCCUCUUUAUAUCCACGCAUUCGUUAGUUUCUGCAGUUGUAUUGGUUGUGUGAGUCAACGGUAGCUUGCUCGUGGGAUGUGCGUGUCCUGUGUAGGAUGUGCUACGUCAGUGUUUUUCUGCUGGUUUGUUCUUUUGUUUCAUUCAGUACUUCUAUUUAUUCCCCUCAGUUGAUUUAUCAAUGAUUUCUAAAGCCUAAAAAAUCAUUUAGAUGACUUGUGCUGAUGCACUUCUGAAACUUCAUGAAAUUUUAAUUUGACCUAAUUUAAGCUUUUUUUUUCUUCUUCUUCUUCUUUUAAGAAUGUCCAGCAGACUGUGGCCUCCCAUAUAGCAUAAACUAUUCUCAUCAUUAGGAGAACAAAAGAAAAAAACUAGUUAAAAAUUUAUAGUUGAUCUCAGCAGAGUCCCAAGAUAAGUACCUUUACCUUCACACAUGCACACCAUGCAGUAAAACUCACCAGACCUCCGUGCUUCUAGCAGAAACGUACCUUUUUAUCAGAUACAGUUGCCAUGGCGUCGCUGUUGAUGGCACCAUCAAUAGCCCUAAACCGUGUAUAAAAGAAAUAGUGUUAUACAUACAGUACCUUAACCAAUGUCUCUCUUCGUGGUCAAAAUCACCGCCUGUUUUUUUUUUUUUUUUUUUUGUGUUGCUCUUUUCUUUUUGCUCUUGUCUUUGAAGUUGAUCCAUUGUACUUUGAUUACAUGCAUUGUAUGUAGUAAAAUACUGAUAAUGUUUUGGGGAAAUCACAAAUAAAACAGCUGUACAUAAUGAUGCAAAGCA